AUGAUGUCCUACAUAAAGCAGCCCCACUAUGCUGUGAACGGGUUAACACUGUCCGCCUCAGGAAUGGACCUGCUCCACACUGCUGUCGGCUACCCAGCCACUCCGAGGAAGCAGCGUCGGGAGCGCACCACUUUCACACGCACCCAGCUGGACAUCCUAGAAGCCCUGUUUACCAAAACUCGGUACCCAGACAUAUUUAUGAGAGAAGAGGUGGCCCUGAAAAUAAAUCUUCCCGAGUCCAGAGUUCAGGUGUGGUUUAAGAACCGUCGUGCUAAAUGCCGCCAACAGCAACAGCAAACCAACGGUCAGCCCAAGCCCCGUCCCCCCAAAAAGAAGUCAUCCCCACCCUCUGAGCUGACUUCUGACACUGGCACCAGCUCUUCGGUGGCAGCUGCCCCUGCCCCAGCCGUGCCCCCUAGUGUUAGCGUUGGCAAUGCACCAGUGUCUGUUUGGAGUCCUACAUCUCUAUCCCCCCUUUCUGAUCCAUUAUGUGGCUCCAGCACACCCUGUGUGCAGCGCCCAGCUCCGUACCCCAUGAGCUACGGUCAGCCUACCACUUAUACUCAGGCCUAUAGCUCUUCUCCCUACUUCAGUGGCCUGGAUUGUAGUCCAUACCUCUCUCCCAUGACCACUCAGCUGUCAGCCAGUGGGGGUGCUCUCUCUCCCCUUACUGUGCCCUCCAUGGGCGGCUCACUCAGCCAGUCUCCCUCCCUCUCCUCCCAAGGAUACGGCUCCACUUCGCUGGGUUUCAGUUCCAUAGAUUGUCUGGAUUACAAGGACCAGCAGGCCUGGAAACUAAACUUCAGCACUGUAGACUGCCUCGAUCAUAAAUUCCAGGUGCUGUAG